AAAAUGAAUAGCACUUUAGGACUCAGUCAGAUUAGUGGAUUAUGUUUGGUAGGGUUUCUUUUACUGAACUCUCAAUAAAUGGUGGGAGUACACUGAGCAGAAAACAAACAGAAGAGUACUUAGAUUAUAUUGAACGAAUGAUUAAAUGGCGAAAUGUCAUCUAUACAAGUCUUACAUCAAAUCAAAAGUUGAACGAGGGUCAUUUACUUGACUUGGCAAAUUUCCUGCAAAACAUGGCCAUAUCGCUUAGACGAUUAUUAGAAGUCAAUAUAGACUUAUGUGUGUUUUGUCGCAAUAACAACGAACCUAAAGAGGUGUACACAAGUCAUAAGGUUAAAGAUCGUUCUGGUCGGGUGACCUGUCCAUUUCUACGUAAAUUUACUUGUCCAUUAUGCGGUGCUACAAAAGAUAAUGCUCAUACAAUAAGAUAUUGUCCAAAAUUACCAAUAAACUCUAAUCGGAAUACUACUCGACCAACUUAUCAAAUGAUUCAAGCUGGUUUGUUGCGACCUAUGUAUAUCACUACUUCCUUCAAUUCCAAUUGAAGCUAUCGAAACCAAAGAGAGGAGAGAAACAGAUAUAAUGAAACGUAAUAUUUUUUAUAACCAAUUUUUAUUGUUUACAAUCUACACAGUUGAUUGCUUUUAUUAUGCAUUGACUAUUAAUAAUAUUAUUGCUAUAAUGAUUAUUAUUAUUAUUUCUGGAGUUAAUGUUUAAAUCACUUUUAAAAUAAACAACUCAUAAUGAUAA